AGUUACAACCAGGGGCGGACUGACCAUUUGGAAACUCGGGCACUGCCCGAGGGCCCGGGGUCAGUAGGGGGCCCCAUGAGAUGCCCCUGGUACCUUUUUCAUAGGCUUUUUUGAGUUUGGGCAAGGACACAGGGGCCCCAUGAUCCCCUAUUGCCUGGGGGCCCCAUGAGUUGUCAGUCUGCCCCUGGUUACAACACUGCUUUUUGGGCAAGGACACGGGCCCCAUGAUUCCCUAUUGCCUGGGGGCCCCAUGAGUUGUCAGUCCGCCCCUGCCCGU